CUCCUGCCUCAGCCUCCUGAGUAGCUGGGAUUACAGGCACACGCCACCAUGCCCAGCUAACAUAAGCUUCCUAAAGACAGGAACUUUACAUGAAACCCUAUGGUUUCCUUGCUGUCCCGCGCUGUGACAGUGCCUGGCCAGCGAAGAUCCGGGGCUCGCGGGCUCGAGCCCUGCCAGACAGGGCCCUAGUGAACUGUCAAUAUAGUUCAGCGACCUUCAGCACCGGUGAGCGCAAGCGACGGCCACAUGGGGACCGCAAGUCCUGUGAGAUGGGCUUGCAACUCCGCCAGACUUUCGAAGCAGCCAUCCUCACACAGCUGCACCCACGCUCGCAGAUUGAUAUCUAUGUGCAGGUGCUACAGGCAGAUGGUGGGACUUACGCAGCGUGUGUGAAUGCAGCCACGCUGGCAGUGCUGGAUGCUGGGAUACCCAUGAGAGACUUUGUGUGUGCGUGCUCAGCUGGCUUUGUGGACGGCACAGCCCUGGCGGACCUCAGCCAUGUGGAGGAAGCAGCUGGUGGCCCCCAGCUGGCCCUGGCCCUGUUGCCAGCCUCAGGCCAGAUUGCACUGCUUGAGAUGGAUGCCCGGCUGCAUGAGGACCACCUGGAGCGGGUGUUGGAGGCUGCUGCCCAGGCUGCUCGAGAUGUGCACACCCUCUUGGACCGAGUGGUCCGGCAGCAUGUGCGUGAGGCCUCUAUCUUGCUGGGGGACUGACGGCCCUGCCACCCAUGUCCAGAAUAAAACCCUCCUCCUCUGCCCACAC